CUUUUCACCCGGAGCUUUCCUUAAAACCUCCUCCAUCAAAUUUCUAAAAGGAAACCAAAUCCAAAAACAAAGUCUCCUCAUUUUUUUCUUUAAUCCAUGGCAUCAUCAUCUCCUAAGAAAGAGACCAAGGAUCCUAAUGAGGUUAAAGAGCAAGGAGGGUUCCUAGGCAAGGUGAAGGACUUCAUCCACGAUGUUGGCGAGAAGAUCGAGGAGGCGGUGGGAUUCGGCAAGCCGACGGCUGAUGUCUCCACUGUCCACAUCGCCUCCAUGGACCUCAAGCACACCGACAUCAUCGUUGAUGUCCUCGUCACUAACCCUAACCCAAUCCCGAUUCCCCUCGUCGACAUCAACUACCACAUUGAGAGUGACGGCCGGAAUCUCAUCACCGGUGUAAUCCCUGAUGCCGGCACAAUCCAUGCCCACGGCUCGGAGACCGUCAAGGUCCCCCUCAGCAUCAUCUACGAAGACAUCAGGUCCACUUACGAACAAAUCGAUCCAGGCUCAAUCAUCCCCUACCGAGUCCUGGUCGACCUAAUCGUGGACGCGCCCGUGAUCGGACGAAUCACGAUUCCAGUAGAGAAGAGUGGGGAAAUCCAGGUUCCCUAUAAACCGCGGGUCGAGUUACAGAAAAUUAAGUUAGCCGACUUUUCCUUCGAGGAGACGAGUGCGAUCCUGCAUUUGAACAUAGACAACAAGAAUGAUUUCGACCUCGGGCUGAACUCGUUGGAGUAUGAGGUUUGGCUCGGGGAGGUGAGGAUCGGAGGGGCUCGGCUGGCGAAUUCUACGGCGAUCGAGAAGAAUGGGAGUGGUGUUGUGGAGAUACCGAUAAGUUUCAGGCCGAAGGAUUUUGGAUCGGCGUUGUGGGAUAUGAUAAGGGGGAAGGGUACCGGGUAUACGAUGAAGGGAUGUAUCGACGUCGAUACUCCAUUUGGACCGAUGAAUCUUCCCUUCAACAAGGAAGGGGGAAGUACACAGAUCAAGCAAGCCGGAGAUAGUCCUUGAAGCUCUUGAAGUUUGCUGGAAACUUUUAAGGGGCUCGUGGGUUUUGUUCUAAGGCAGAACUGAAGUUUGAUGUUUGAAUUAUAGGUCGUUAUGUUUUGCAAUAAAGAGAAGGCAUUGUCUAUAUAUGAGAGAAAUCUAGUGAAAAGUUAAUUAUGAACUCUUUCAAGAGAAGUUUGGAUUUGUUGAUGAAAGUGUUUGCAGAGAACCACCCUGUGGUCACCUGAUUCAGGACUAAAUUUCACAGGAUUCCCGAAAAGGUGGCCCGUUUUGAGAUAAACACCAAAAGUUUUGUCAGCUAACCCCCAAUUUAUCACAAUUAUCUGACGAUUUAAAAAGUUUUCUGUACCAUCUCCAAAUGCGUGGCCCAAACUUUUGGGGGCUUGCUGAAAUUUACCCCGUAAUU